CUUUUCCCUUGAUAUUCCCUGUCUAAACCCCCACACAAGAGACGGCGCAAGGAUGAAGAACAGGAUGAAACCGCUCGCGUUGGCCAUUUCACUACUGACCCUCGCCACAGCUGCGCUGGCCCACGGCGCCGGCGAGGGCAUGAGAGGGCGAGACAUGGAGAUGGAUAUGGGCCACGGCCACGGUCAUGGCCACGGCGAAGGAGCAGCCACUCCCAGCCAUGCCGCAUACCCCGAAAGCUACUUCUCCCACCCCGAGCUGCAGGGGGUCCUGUACGCCCACAUAGCCGUCAUGGUCGUAGCCUGGGUGUUUGUGCUGCCGGUCGCUGUCAUGUUCUCCAUCGCCAGGUCCCGGCACGCACUCGUGGUGCAGCUCAUCUUCGCGGCCGUCAACGGCGCCGGCCUGGUGCUGGGCACCGUCUACAACGACGGCACGCCGGACCUGUACCCGGGUAACGCCCACCACGGGCUCGGCUGGGCAUUGACGGCCGCGCUGUGCGCCCAGGUUGCUGUUGGCGCGCUGGGCCGGCUGCUGGCCGGGGUGUUGACGAGGGGCAAGUCCGGGGGCGGCGGGGACGUCCACGGGCUCGCCACACCCGUCUCGGCCGCGGCCAUGGCGGCGCAUCAUAGACAGCAGCAGCAGCAGCCGGCGCCAUUUAUAAAGGGGGCCGAGAUGCACAGCCCGUACCGUCUCUUCGGCGACAGCGGGGAUGGCGCCGAGUCGCUGCGUAGUCCUACCUUUUCGUCGUCGUCGUCGUCAACAUUACACCGCCACCGCCACGAUGACGACGCAGCACUGAAGGAAGGACUAUUGCUGCGGCGCGGCAAGGACGACGGCUACAGCUACGACGACGACCAAGACGGCGACGAGACAGGCCUCGAUACAGCAGCCCUUGGCAGCAGCAGCGCGGCGGGACGAAUCUACCGCACCGCCAAGCGCGCAACAGCCGCCGCCAUGUCAUCAUCAGGGGCACGGGCAUGGCGGGUCCUGGUCAUCUUGGCCUACGACGCCGUCGACCGCGCCAUCCUGCCGCUCGGCUUCGUCGCGCUCAGCACCGGCGUCGCCGCGCACGGGCGGCUGUUCGAGGGCCCCGAGAUCCUCAGCGGGCUCGCGCACUGGAUCAAGGGCGGCGUCUUCUUCUGGCUGGGGCUCGUGACGCUGGGCCGCUGGGCCGGCGCGUUUGCCGACCUGGGCUGGGCGUGGAACCUGCGGCCUGAGGGCGGCGGCGGCGGCGGCAGGGGAAAGCAGCAGCGGUCGUGGUGGUGCCCGUCGGCCGAGUUUGUCGAGAGCGGACUCAUCUUCUUUUACGGGUCGACCAACAUCUUCCUCGAGCACUUGGGUGGAGACGGCAGCAGCAGUAGUAAGUGGAGCGCGCAAGAUUUGGAGCACGUGGCCAUCACGGUGCUCUUUAUCGGUGGCGGGCUGUGCGGCAUGCUGGUCGAGUCGGCGGCGGUGCGGGACCUGCUGAACACGUCCGUCGUCGAGGCGGCGGCGGCGGCGGGAGGAGACGACGACGACGACGACGACGACGACGACGACGACGACGACAGGCAUCUGAAACAGCCAACGCCAACGCACAGCAGCGGCGUCUCGCUCAACCCCAUCCCUGCGCUCGUGAUCCUACUGCUAGGCGUCAUGAUGAGCUCGCACACGCAGGGCAGCGCCGUGGCCGGCAUGGUUCACAAGCAGUGGGGCACGCUGCUGACGGGCGCGGCGCUGGCCCGGGCGCUCACCUACGUGCUGCUGUACCUGAGGCCGCCGCCGUCGGUGCUGCCGUCGCGCCCGCCCACGGAGCUGCUGGCGGCGUUUGGGCUGAGCGCGGGCGGCAUCGUCUUUAUGGCCAGCAGCGGAGACACGGUCGCAGCAAUGGUCAACCAGGAGCUGGACGCCAUGUUCAUUUACACCGUCACCAUGGGCCUGGUGGCCCUGCUCAUGGCCUGGGUCGUCGCCGUCAUGGCCCUCAAGGGGUGGGCCGUCAGGAGGGAGCGGGGGAGGCCGGCGGCUGGGUGGUGUGGUGUGUAGAGUUGUGAAUGCGGUGGGCAAUUCUUUUUACGUAUACGGAUAGCAAUGAAACUGAGAAAAAUAAAAAUUACUUUCUGACAUUAAACAAACAAAAAUAAACUACCCGAAAAAGUCUGUCCGUC